UGUCAAGAUAUCAUGUGACCAUGCAACGCUUCUGUCAAAACAAUGAAUGUAUGUGGCGGCGCGACAACAUAAAUGUUUACCGGUGUGAAUAGUUUAUCAUUUAAAAAUAUAUAUGUUUUAAUAGAAAAAUAAGACGUUUGGUGACAAUAUGGGGUGUAUGGGCCAGGAAAAGCAUAAUCUUUCUGAUUCACCGGAUGCGCCGGAUUUUUGUUUGAGAUGGUUUGGAUGUUUAUGAAGAAGUUAAUUUGAAGAUCCAUUCUCACACAAAAAUAAGGUGAAUAAGUCUCUACACUCACACAUCCUUAUCACUACUCUACAAGACUUCAUGCUGUCUAUCCGAGUUCUGUGAAUGCUACACUUGGUGUAUAUUUAACUGUUUGUGAUCAUGGCUCUUCAAAACGGUUACUCCGUUAAUACAACUUCAGAUGACCAAGACAGCGACACGGCACCACUUCUUAAAAAAGAAGUUGAAGAAAUCACAGUUUCUCCCAAAUGUUGCUCGGUACGAUGCAAUCUGGCUGUUUUGAUGUUCUUUGGCUUUGCUGUGGUCUAUGGCCUUCGUGUAAAUCUCAGUGUUGCUAUGGUUGCCAUGGUUAACUAUACCGGUAACGAGUCGAUUGGCAGCAAAAUUUCAAAUGAAUGUCCGGUACCCAAUAAUACAUUUGACAACAGCAGCCAGAGUUCAGAUCAGCCAGAUGGGUUUCCAAAAUAUGCAUGGAGUUCCACGACACAGGGAAUGCUGCUGAGUGCUUUCUUUUUUGGAUAUCUGUUUACUCAAAUCCCGGGAGGGUACCUGUCGGGACGCUUCGGAGGAAGCAUCUUUCUUGGAGGAGGUGUACUUGGAACCGCAGUCCUUACUCUUCUGACACCACUGUCAGCACAGCUCGGAGCAAACUGGCUGUUUGCCUUACGUUUCUUGGAAGGCUUUGGGGAGGGUGUGACUUUCCCUGCCAUGAUGGCUAUGUGGGCCCGUUGGGCUCCCCCAUUGGAAAGAUCUCGUCUGAUGACCUUCUCUGGUGCUGGAUCAAGCUUUGGUGCCUUUGUAUCUCUUCCUCUCACUGGCUUCAUCUGCCAUAAUCUGGGAUGGCCAGCAGUCUUCUACUUCUGUGGUGGUGCUGGUUGCCUUUGGGCAGUGUUUUGGUUUAUCCUGGUAUCAGAUGAACCCAGAUCUCACCCAAGAAUUAGUGACCAAGAGAAAAAUUACAUAGUUACCUCAAUAGGUCCACAGGGGACAGCACAUGGUUGGUCAGUGCCUCUACGAUCUAUGGUCUUCUCUGUUCCUCUUUGGGCCAUUAUCAUUUCACAGAUGUGUUCAAACUGGUCUUAUUACACUCUGCUCACCUCACUCCCAAUUUACAUGGACACUGUGCUCCACUUUAAUAUACAGCAGAAUUCGUUUCUCUCUGCUCUGCCCUAUCUGGGUGGCUGGGUGUUCUCAGUGAGUUCAGGUGUGCUGGCAGACUCCAUUCUGGAGAGGGAGGCCAUGAGUGUCACAGCUGUCCGAAAAAUCUUCACUUUUAUUGGUCUGUUUCUGCCUGCUAUUUUUCUGGUUGCUGUGGGCUUCUCAGGCUGUAGUGGCGCUCUGGCCGUGGCUUUUCUCACUGUGUCCAGUGCGCUCGGAGGUUUCAGUGCUGCUGGAGUCUUCAUUAACCAGAUUGAUAUUGCUCCACGGUAUGCAGGAAUACUUCUAGGAAUCACAAACACAUUUGGGACCGUCCCUGGUGUUGUUGCACCAAUUGUAGUGGGGUACUUGACCACAGAUAAACAGCACUUGGUUUUAGGGUGGAAUCAUGUGUUCUGGUUGUCUGGAGCAGUGAGUGCUUUUGGAGCCAUCUUCUUUGUGAUCUUUGGCACUGGAAAGAUUCAGAGCUGGGCCGGGACAGAUCAGGAGGCAGAGACAGAUAAACGCCGUUAAAUGCAAAACAUUCCCGAUUUUAUUAAAAAUUUAAGUCGCAUAUUAUACUCAAUACAUGUAAAACUAUACUGCACACACUUUUCAGGUCUUCUUAACUAUAUUUCACUCAGGGCUUUUAAAUGAGGAUUAAAGUGCUUUUAAGGGUGUUGUUCAUUACUGUGCCAAUAUUCUACUCAUUGUUCACAUUAAGAGUUAAACACAAAAAAUACAAUGGAAUUGACUCCAUAUUAAACAUUGUUUACAUGUUUAUGCAUUUGGCAUUUAAAAUGCUUCCAAACUUUUUGGGGUGGUUUCCCGGACGGGGAUUAGCUUAAGCCAGGACUAGACCUAAUUAGGAAAUAUAACUAGUUUUAACAAACAUGCCUUACUAAAACAUUAAUCAUAUGUUAGUGCAAGGUUUUUUUUUUGGACAGCUAAUUUAUUUUAGUCUAGGAAUAGUCUAAUCCUUGUCCGGGAAACUGCCCCAUAGUGCAUUAGAAGCUAUCCAUCAGUAUUUGUGUUUCUGAGUUUAACCCAUGACCUUUUGUGUUUGUAAUGCAAUGCUCUACCACUGAACUAUACAGGGAGCACUGUUUAAUCAAGGUUAAAAUCAUUUUCAUGCUUUUACAAAUUUGUCACAAAUGUAAAACCGAUUUUAAAUCAUAACCAUAAUUUACUACAUUGGGAAAUACUAUACUGAGCACUUUAAUGAAUACUUUUCUUUUAUUGCCUUUAAGUCCUAUGUAGUUUAUGCAUUUUAAAUAAUUAUAUUGCACUAAUUGGGUUGGUAAAUGAAGCUAUGGGUGCUUGCUAUCAUUUUAAAUAUAUUUCUUUUUUACUGGAAUCUUUUUUAAGGUAAAUGAUUUCUCUGGUGUAAAACAAUAAUAUAAACUUUUUCUUUUUUUUAAAGAAGGUUUACUUAAUUUAAAUAUUUGAAUGAUAACAUGGUAUUAAUAAACCAGUUUAUUUUUUUUUUUUUUGUAUUUUGCUUUGUAAUGAUGUAAGAUGCCUCUGUAAAAGUAUGAUUUGAAGAAUUGUAUUUCAGCAGAUCAUAUAAAAAUGUUGUUGUUGUUUUUUAAGGUACGAUAGCCAGCACUUUUUUAAUACAUUGUAAAUUUUUUACUAAAUAUAUUUCUAGUAAUAGUAAAAUUUGUAAUUGCCAUUAGGAAACUGUAAAAUGGAAUGACAAGAAAAUGAACGCCAUCUUGCUAAUAAAUGUUGAUUUAGCCUU